CCCCCGGCGAUCCCGGCGCGGCCGCGACCGACCAAGGCUAGCGCGGCCGGCUUUGGCUGCCCCGGUCGAGGGAGCCGCUCGACAGGAGGAGCAGGAGCUGCUGGUGGUGAAGAGGCGCGGUUCCUGAGGUUCGCGGCGGCCGGCGGCGGGAUUCGGGCCAGUGCCGCGGUGUCGGCGGCGGUGGGGGCUCUCGGUUUUUCCUGUGAGCUCGCGGAGGCGGCGGAUUGCGGCGGUGCUGGUGGAGCAAGGAGCGUGAGGAGGAGGAGGAGGAGGCCCGCAUUGGGCACGGGUGGAGCGGCGGGGUGCGCCGAGGAGGACGCGGAUUUGAUCCCGGGAGGAGCUUCCCAGCCCCGCGCGCUCGCGGCGCCGUCGGUGACUCUCGCCCCCGCUUGGUCCAUGGUCCAUGGGGUGGAAGGUGGCGCCAGGGGGUAAGGCGGCGGCCGCCGGCGAGAAGCUCAGGCUCCCUGCCUCCUCCGCCGCCGCGCGCUCGCGGAUGAAGCUCUGGGUCGUGCGCGCCACCACCACGGUGCUGCUCUGGACCUGCGUCGUCCAGCUCACCGCCGUCGGCGACACCUGGGGCCCGCGGGUGCUCAAGGGCUGGCCGUCCUGCCUCACCGCGCCCGAAGAGGAGGCCGCCGCAGCCGCGCUCCCCGGCGCCGCAGCCGCGCGCCCGCAGCCCGUCGUCGAGAAGGCCGUGCUGCCGCCCAAGAGAAUAUAUAGAAACAAUGGUUAUUUGAUGGUUUCGUGCAAUGGUGGGCUUAACCAGAUGCGAGCUGCAAUAUGUGACAUGGUUGUAAUUGCAAGGUAUUUGAAUGUCACUUUAGUUGUGCCAGAGUUGGACAAGACUUCAUUUUGGAAUGAUCCAAGUGAGUUCCAAGAUAUAUUUGAUGUCGAGCACUUUAUAACCUCAUUACGAGGCGAAGUUCGCAUUCUGAGAGAAUUGCCUCCAAGGGUAAAGAGAAGGGUUGAACUUGGAAUGUUUUACUCCAUGCCACCAAUUAGUUGGUCUGAUAUUUCCUACUACCAAAAUCAUAUUCUUCCUUUGAUUCGAAAGUACAAAGUUCUCCAUCUGAAUAGAACUGAUGCAAGGCUUGCAAACAAUGGUUUACCUAUCGAGAUUCAGAAACUACGAUGCCGAGUAAAUUAUGCCUCCCUCAGAUUUACCCCACAAAUUGAAGAAUUGGGCAAGCGAGUAAUUAGAAUACUUCGCCAAAAUGGCCCUUUCUUGGUCCUUCAUUUACGUUAUGAAAUGGAUAUGCUGGCAUUCUCUGGCUGUACACAAGGUUGCAGUAAUGAAGAGGCAGAAGAGCUCACAAGAAUGAGGUAUGCUUAUCCGUGGUGGAAAGAGAAGGUGAUUGACUCAGACUUGAAAAGAAAAGAUGGGCUUUGCCCAUUGACACCGGAGGAGACUGCUCUUGUCCUCCGAGCAUUGGACAUUGAUAGAAGUAUGCAAAUAUACAUUGCUGCUGGAGAAAUAUAUGGUGGAAAGCGCAGGAUGGCUGCUCUAACUUCAGCAUACCCGAACGUGGUGAGGAAGGAGACACUUUUGGAACCUUCUGAUCUGAUGUUCUUCCAGAACCAUUCAUCACAAAUGGCAGCACUGGAUUAUUUGGUAUCUUUAGAAAGUGACAUAUUUGUUCCAACAUAUGAUGGCAAUAUGGCUAAAGUCGUUGAGGGUCAUCGGAGAUUCAUGGGUUUCAAGAAGACAGUCUUAUUAGACCGAAAACUUAUUGUUGAGCUAGUAGACCGGUACACCAAUGGUUCUCUGCAAUGGGAUGAGUUCUCUUCAUUGAUCAAGGCUGCCCAUGCAAAGCUGAUGGGAUCAGCUUCAAAGAGGAUGGUGAUUCCCGACAGACCCAAGGAAGAGGACUACUUCUAUGCCAAUCCCCAAGAAUGCCUCCAAGAUCUUGAUCUUCUACAGACAUCAUGAUAUCCUCUCAUGUCUAUAUACCGCAUUCACAUUAUACCAUUCUUUCACAAAUGCAACUGAAUCUAAAAGGCGAAAUUUUGAAGUCAGCCAGGAGACUCGGCUCUGGCCGAGUCAUAGUUGAGGCCUACCUGUAAACUUGAGGAAGGGGGAGAAAGGGGGGUGUUGGACGUAGUCGGUAAAUACACAUUAUAGCAUGGAGUGGGGAUUUGUUCAUUCCACCAAAUAAAAGAGAAGGUCGUGUAUAGAUGGCGAUAGAAUUUAUUUACCACUAAGAGGGUUGUAAUUUAAGAGAGGACUGAGAGAUGCAGCUGGGUUCCCGCAUCCUGUCUCGGGUUGUGUAACAUAGCAGUUGUUCUUGAUAGCUGCCCCCAUUGCCCCCACCGGCUAAAUUUUGGCAACCAUGUUGUUGAAAGAUGUACACUGUUUAUUGUAUCGAUACAACAUGUAUUAUAUGUCAAUUGUGCAGAA